GCGUUGGGCAGGAAACAACAAUUCCCAAGAUGCACUACAAAUUACCGUUGCCUCUGGACUGGACGGGGGAAGGGAAGCUGAGAUUGGAGGGAGAAACAAUCAGAAACUGAGACUUCAGGAGAAACCAGAGCUAUCUCCAUGACCCACAUCCCUCAAGACAUCUUCAGUUCUCUCUGCGGACGAGACGGACGCGAACACGGCUUUGGUUUGAGGAAACUAAUCUCCCUCUGCACUGGUACUUCUUGGUGACUGCUGGAUUUGUCUUGACUGCCAAAGUAAUGAAGUGUCUUGGACAGGGCAAGCCCAGCCCCGAGAAGCAAUGUCCCCAUGCAGCGUCUGUGUAUCUUUGGUGGGGUUGAGGAGGGUGGUUGAUCUGUGGAGAAGAGGAAGGAGGCAGGUUUCCAGGAAACUUGCAUAUUGAUGGAUAGAAAUUUCCUCAACAGAGCUCUUGUAGAUUGAUGCCUGGACAUUCCACAGCCCUACAGAGCAAAGGGCUUCCACAAUAAAACCAAACUCGCAUUCUAAUUUCCAACAAAGCAACCAGGAGCGUAAUGUGCACAACAUGAAUUUUAUCGUCAGUUCUAUAAAACCUGUAGACUGACUGUGGACUUUAAGAUCUGCGUAUGAGGGGACCACCAUGAUGUUUGCUUCAUCUCCUCAACCCGCCCCUCUUCAUGGCUUGAGAGACUUUUAAAGGCCAGAGUCAAGAACCUUUUCAACCAACACAGUCUAAUGCAAUGGAAGAGGACAUCAAUGUCACAUCCCACACCGAGGGUCUGAAUGGUUUGUCACAUGACCAUAUACCUUUAGAGAUCACCAAUGGAUGCUCCAACCAUAAACUUGUCAUGAAUGGAGUGGUUAAAGGCUGUAACGGAGGCCUCACUAACGGGAAUGCACCUCUUGGAUCCCUGCCGAUAUCUGCACUGAGGCAGAACGGUCUUCUACAGGCGUUGACAGAAGGAGGGGAUCAGUCCAGCCUUACAGAGGAAAGGGAAAAUGUGGAAUUGCAGAAGGCCAGGGAGGAGUGGGACGCCCUGGAAAACAUCCUACCAGCCAUAACAGAGGACUCGACCCCAACUCCACUGAUCUCCUUUAAUGAAGCCUUGCAGUACUUCCAAACCACAGAUCUUGGAGACUUGCUGAAGAAUAUUCAGCCAACUAUUCGCAGGACUGGUCUGGCUGCAAUCACACAUUUUCUCUUUGGACCUCCAAGACUGCAUAAGGAUCUCCUGGAGGAGAGAGAUCUGGUCUUUGCCAUCGCUCAGUGCCCCGUGGAUAACAGCCAACCAGUUCACAUGCGAGUCCUGCAGACUAUUUAUAAACGGCUGAUUGGCAGCAGGCUGGACUGUCCUCGCUUUGGUCCACACUGGGAGAACAUUGGCUUUCAGGGCACUGACCCAGCCACUGACCUACGCGGCACUGGUUUCCUUGGACUAAUGCACACUCUCUACUUUGUGAUGGAUCCAGAGACUCUGCCACUGGCAAAAGAUAUUUUCAGAUUAUCACAGCACCCCACACAGAACUUCCCAUUCAGUGUGAUGUCAAUCAACAUGACUCGCAUCGCUUUGCAAGUGCUAAGGGAGGAGGCCCUGACAAAGGAGUGCAAUCGGCGUCAGCAAGUAGUUGGCGUGCUGAAUGAGUUUUAUGUUGCCACGUAUCUGUAUGUGUACCAACUGUGGAAGACCCAACAGAAGACCAUUGCUGACUCUGGCUUUGUACUAAGAGAAGUGGAGCUGUUUGCCAAAAAGAACCCCAAGCAGAUACUGCGCCGGCUAGAGUGCUUCCUGAAAGAGAAGCGAGCGGGCGAGCUCCCCCGGGGGACAUCACCUGACCCUCAGGGCCGCCAGCCAUCUCCCAGCCUGGGGGCCAGAUCAGGAAGCAAAGCAAAGGAGAUGCAUUUUACAGGAGUGUGUGAUCUACAAGCAGACGUGGAGGGAGAAGCUAGACUCAUCUAGGCUAGACUUUGUGUGUAUGUCUAUGUGUGUGUGAGAGAGAGCUAUCCUGUCUAUAUCUAUUACUGUAUGUGUGAAUGGCUUACUCAGAGCUACAAGAAGAGCCCACCAGUCCCUGUCGAGGGCCUGCUAUCGUAACCUAUUCAAACACUUCUACUCCUUCCUCUGAUGCGGGGGAGCUGCACUUUGAUCCGAUUAAGCUUGGGGAUCUUUCAGAAUUAUAUUUGUUUUGUCGUUUUGUUUUCUUUUCCCUAUAACUUAUUUUCUAAUCUACGGUCAUGGAAUAGUCGUAUAUAUAAAGGGUCUUUAAUGAAAGAUGUCACAAACACCUUUUAAGUGAAUAUUUGCACUUUUCUGUAGAUGUAGGAGCCAAACCAAUAGCUGCCAAAUUUUCCUUGAACUCGUCUUGAAGCCCCAAAAUGUAUACUUUAUGCUUAAAAAAAUAAUAAAAUGUAGCCACAAAAUGUUUAAACUUUAGGGAAGCAUGGCAGAGUAGCUAUUAUUUCGUAAAGGCUUGAGAAAGAGUUUGUCCCAGUGAUAAAAUCUUCAAUGGAGCAUUGCAUGUCUGAAUUGUCUGAGUUUGGUCUUUUAAAAAUGGGUCUCUGUGCUAACAGUGCUGCUCAGCUGCAGAUAGUUAAAGAGCAGCGUCAGUGAAGAUGUGGAUACAUGCUCUCUGAAGCUGGUGAUUCUGCCUGCUGUGUUGGUGAUAGAUUUUAGGACUAAACAGAAAAAGUUAGCUGACCGUGUCGUCAGAGGCUAACUAUGGCUUCCUUAGGAGCUGAGAUCCUAUAUUUACCAUUAUAAGAGUGAUUUAGAGAGGGGGACAUUCACAAUAACAAAGUUUGGAAGUCGUCUUUCUUCCACCAACUGGUGGCUUAAAGUUAAAUUGGUGAGGAAGCACUUGCCUCCUUUUUUCUUUUCAUUUUCAGGGGAAAUGUUCCCACCCCCCAGUUGAUGGCGUCACAUUGAUGGCUCAGUGACGGACGCAUUUCUAAAGUGGUAACGUUGCAGCUAAAGUUUCCGAAGAGAGCGUCUGCUUGGCUCGGUCGCAGCUGAAGCCAAAGGUCCUCUAUAAGCUUUCUCUACAUUCCGUUAAAAAGCAUGUGAUUGUAUUUUUUUUAACUAUUAUUAUUAUUGUUAUUAUUUUAUAAAUGGUUAAGAAAUUUAUUCCAGUGUGUGCAUGUGCGUGAGCGUUCGUGUGUGUGUAUGUGAGGGGUGGUGGUGUUGAACAAUUGAGCUAUACCUGCUGAAGGGUGCCUCUCCAAGAAGACACAGGAGACGUAUGGUCGUAUGCAAUCCCUGCUCUUUCUCUAUGAUAAUCAAAACACUAGUGCUGCGAGGUGAUACCGUUUUUUUGUUUUUAUUUCCUAACUUCAGGGUUUGUGCACUUGUGCAAGCGAAUGUGAUUGCGUAUGUGUGUGAGUCACACCACAGAAACCGACUACAGAUGGGGUGCUUUCCUUUGCACAAUAAAAGCCAGCUUUACUAAGUACUUGAUCCCUCUUCCUACAGAUGGUACUCUAGUCAUUUUCAAUAUGGUACACAAUGACCAUAUCUUAGACAAAAGAAGUUUUUUUUUGUGUGUUUGUAUCUAAAACCCCGCGUCAGUUAUGGAUCAAGCUGUUCUGGUUAAAGGGUUCUGAGAUGGGUAGAGCUUCUCAGCAAAGCUGGUUUGUCCUUUGUGCUCACAUGAAAACCUCACCCAUCACUGUAGUCUCAUCUGUAGCAUGUUCAGGUAGCACUAGUACUGUAGCAUCUAUAGCCUCCUCCUCUGUGUAAAGCUUGUUGAUGUCACGUCUCAGUUACAGUCUGUAGUGUCGAUGAAAAGUGCAACCUGUUACUAAUAUAGCACAUACGUUUCAGUUGUCUUUGGCCUCCUUGAGUAGUUACAAACCCAAGUGGUACCGUGUGAGUUUUGGAGAGAUGUGGACGAUGCCCGACACACUCGGCUCCAACGUUUUCUGAUGGAAAGGAAUUUGGUGCCUGCACAAAGUGGAGUCCCGAAAGGUGGAGCGCUGGUGAUUUUUUUUUUUUUUUUUGGAUUUGAAGCAAUGCAACAUGUGGUGUUGAUGCAAAGGACCCAUCCCAAACCUGUUGAACUCUCUUAACACGUCAAUAUUUGCAUCAGAGUUCAUAAAAAAUCUUUUUACAUUUCUUAUCACCAUCAUAACACUCCCCCCACCCUGCAUAUGAGCUGAGGCAGUCUUGUCAGGUGUUUUGACUGUUUUUUUUUUUGUGUGGAUUGAUUGAUGAGGAAAAUUUGCACUGCUGUGGAUACGUGUGUGUGCGUGUGUUUGAGGUGCACCAGAGGAAACAGGCCAUCUUCGACAGCCAUAUUGUAACGUUCAUUAUCAGCCGGUUCAUAGAAAACAUCGCUCUGGGAUGUCCAGCAGAUUCCCCUCCCCGCUUGAAGACUAAAUUGCACCAUCGAUAUGAUCUCACAUUUAGUUUUUAUUCAAUUUUAAACAGAGGAGCAGUACGGUGUAUGUAAAUCAGGAAGUUUGUAUAUAGAGAAUUAAUGAUUGUAACUGUAUGAUUGUCUGUAGGGCAUUAUACUGAAGAAACAUUGCUUACCUCAAGACUUAAGACAAAUCCUCCCUUUCUCCUGUUUGUUUGGCCUCUCAGUCACCCUCUUAUGUUUGUUUCCUUUGACUUUAGGCCUUUUUUUGUCACACUAACUGAACAUGGAUCAUAUACAUCCACUACCUGAAGCGCAGAGUUAACAGCAGCCUAAAAGAAAAGCCGGUUCUUUGCUAUGUGUGUUGGUCUUACAGACACUAUACAGGCUCUGAUGCGAACGCAAACGAAAAUCCUUCAAAGUGAACUCCGAUUGGCUGAUGUUUGUUGGCUUUUCGUGGCUUCAGUGGUCGUAUAUACAGUAUACUUUUGCUGUGAUUAAAUGUUUUGCUGUCAGGAAACUACACAGAACCCCAUCCUGUCUUUCUAGCACCACCCACAGUCACAUAUAUAUGUUCGUAAAGAUUUGGCUCAACAGACAAGCAUAUUGCUGUGUAUUCUCUGACCUUUACAUAUAUAUAUAAAUAUAUAUUCAGUGUCAAAACAAGGCCAGAUUUUUUUAUUUGAUUUCCCCUCUUUUAAAAGUUUUGUUAAUUUUUUGUUGUUGUAACAGAUGAUCUUUUUAUGCUUUGACCAUCACAAAGGGUUCUUUAGUUGAGUAACCAGAUCCAAAGGGGGGGCGAAACGGGUUCUUAAAGGAUGUCGGAUGCUAAGAGAAAUGCCUCCCGAACAUCUGCUUCUUAAGCAGCUGUUUGGCAAACAGUCGCUUCUCUCAGCGUCCGGCGUUUUAUAUGAAGGUGAUUUACUGUUGCCAUUCUUGUCAUAUUCCUCAGAGCAUUUUAUGACUAUACCUUGAUUGUAGAAGCCCUAUUUUAUACUGAGAGUUAUUUCAGAAUACAGUAUGUGCUGUUCUACAUUAAAUGUAUUGUAUGGAAAAGCUAAAUAAAUGCAGUUUAAAACUA